ACGCAAAGAAAAGGUUCAAUUUAGAAGCAAAACGGAGCAACAAAAAGCCCUUUGUUAGGAGAAAAGGGGCACAGAAAGCACACACAGACCAAAAGCCAGCGACCAUCCAUGGCAGCAACUUCUCAGCUCACUAGAAGCUUUACAUCCGUUUCUCUAUCUCCUGUCACUCUCUCCCAUUUGCCUAACUCUUCUGCUUCUUCUUCUUCCUUUUCAUUCAUCAGCAACAACUUUUGUUCCCACAAACCCUCAUCGAGACGAAUCUUAACAAUCAGAAAAAAUGGUGUUUUCAAGAUCCAUGCCAUGACUGCUUCGUUUGGAUCUCGAUUGGAGGAGACCGUGAAGAAGACUGUUACGGAUAAUCCAGUUGUUGUCUAUUCCAAAACUUGGUGUUCGUAUUCUUCUGAGGUGAAAUCGUUGUUCAAUCGACUUGGUGUGCAGCCACACGUUAUUGAAUUGGACCAAAUGGGUGCCCAAGGCCCGCAGCUACAGAAGGUCCUUGAACGGCUUACUGGCCAGCAUACGGUUCCAAAUGUUUUUAUCGGGGGCAAACACAUCGGCGGUUGUUCUGAAACCGUUAAGUUACAUAGGAAAGGGGAACUCGAGGCUUUGUUGACCGAUGCAAAAAAUACAUAAACCUCGACGAAAUGUUCUUUUUCGAGUCGACAUGUUUUCAUCUUUAUAUAGAACAUGACAUUGCUUGUAUUAAUAAGAGAGAUCCAUUUCAUCAUCUACAAACUCUAAAUGCACAAUGAUUUGUGAUCUAGGGUUUUAAUUCAAAAACCAUCCUCAAUUCUGUUUUCCA